AUGUCUCGGCGCAAGCAGGCCAAGCCCCAGCACCUCAAGUCGGACGAGGAGCUGCCGCCGGACGGGGCUCCCGAGCACGGCGUCCCGGGGGACGGCGCAGGAGAGGAUGGAGACAGUGGUAACGAGAGCAGGAGCGGGAGCAGCGAGGAGACCAGUGUGUGCGAGAAGUGCUGUGCCGAGUUCUUCAAGUGGACAGACUUCCUGCAGCACAAGAAGAGCUGCACCAAGAACCCGCUGGUGCUGAUCGUGAACGAGGAUGAGCCCGCGCCACCCGCCGAGGACUUCCCGGAACCUUCCCCGGCCAGCUCGCCCAGUGACCGCACAGAGAGCGAGGCCGCCGAGGAGGCCGGGCCUGCAGAGGCCAGCGAGGGCAGCGAGGUGAAGGCCCCCGAGAAGGAGGCCGAGCCCAUGGACGUGGAGACACCGGCUGACCAGGGUCUGCAGGGCCCGGUUGCGCCCGCGCCGGCUGCGCUGCCCACUGCACCCGAGUCCGUGGCCACCUUCGGCAUGCCCAGCACCAACGUCACCCUGGAGACCUUGCUCAGCACCAAGGUGGCCGUGGCGCAGUUUUCACAGGGCGCGCGCACGGCGGGCGCUACGGGGCCGGGUGGCGGCGUGGGCGCGGUGGCCAUCCCCAUGAUCCUGGAGCAGCUUGUGGCCCUGCAACAGCAGCAGAUCCACCAGCUCCAGCUCAUCGAGCAGAUCCGCAGCCAGGUGGCCCUGAUGAGCCGCCAGCCCGCGCGCCCCCCGCUGAAUCCCGCCACCCCCAGUACGCCGGGGCCAUCCUCCUCCGGCCAGCUCCAGGGCCUGGCUCCGCACCCGGUCCUCCAGCUUUCGGCAGGGCCGACCCCUGUCCCCACAGGCUCAGGCUCAGCCGCCCAGUCGGCGGCCUUCGAGGGCCCCCAGCAGCUCCCGCAGCCAGUGUCCUCGGGCCCUAGCACCCCUGGUGGCCCCGGCGCCAGCGCCACAGAGUCCAUGACGCUGGCAGCCUCCAGCGCCGGCUCUGCUCCAGGGGCUGUGGCCACAGCGUCCAGCGCGACGGGCAGCGCUCCGCAGCCGCAGAACGCAUCCACAACCCCCGCCCUGGGACCAGGGCCCCUCCUCAGCUCGGCCUCCAGCCUGCCAAACCCUUUGCUACCUCAGACCUCCUCCAGCAGCGUCAUCUUCCCCAACCCGCUGGUCAGCAUCGCCGCCACCGCCAACGCACUGGACCCCUUGUCAGCCCUCAUGAAGCACCGCAAGGGAAAGCCCCCCAACGUGUCGGUGUUCGAGCCCAAGACCAGCGCCGAGGAUCCCUUCUUCAAGCACAAGUGCAGGUUCUGUGCCAAGGUGUUUGGCAGCGACAGUGCACUGCAGAUCCACCUGCGCUCGCACACGGGGGAGCGGCCCUUCAAGUGUAACAUCUGCGGGAACCGCUUCUCCACCAAAGGCAACCUGAAGGUGCACUUCCAGCGGCACAAGGAGAAGUACCCCCAUAUCCAGAUGAACCCUUACCCGGUCCCAGAGUACCUCGACAAUGUGCCCACCUGCUCGGGGAUUCCCUACGGCAUGUCACUGCCCCCAGAGAAGCCAGUGACCACCUGGCUGGACAGCAAGCCAGUGUUGCCCACAGUGUCCACAUCUGUGGGGCUGCAGCUCCCCCCCACAGUCCCAGGCACUCACAGCUACACCGACUCCCCCAGCAUCACCCCUGUCAGCCGCUCCCCACAGAGGCCCUCUCCGGCAUCCAGCGAGUGCACCUCUUUGUCCCCAGGCCUCAACAACGAGUCUGGGGCCCCGGUGACAGCUGAGUCCCCACAGCCACUCCUCAGUGGGCCUUCUCUGGCUAAAAGCGAACCUGUCAGCCUGCCUUGCACAAAUGCAAGGACAGGGGAUGCUCCUGUCGUGGGUGGGCAGGUCGGUGGACUGCCCACGUCGGCGGCCACUGCCAUCACGGACAGCGCCUCCACCAGUCUGGGCAGCCCUGGUCUUCCAGCGGUCUCUGACCAGUUCAAGGCCCAGUUCCCCUUCGGCGGACUGCUUGACUCUAUGCAAACAUCAGAGACCUCAAAACUGCAGCAGUUGGUAGAGAACAUUGAUAAGAAGAUGACCGACCCAAACCAGUGUGUCAUCUGCCACCGGGUGCUGAGCUGCCAGAGCGCCCUGAAGAUGCAUUACAGGACGCACACGGGGGAGAGGCCCUUCAAGUGCAAGAUCUGUGGCCGCGCCUUCACCACCAAAGGCAACCUGAAGACGCACUUCGGGGUCCACCGCGCAAAGCCCCCUCUGCGCGUGCAGCACUCCUGCCCCAUCUGCCAGAAGAAGUUCACCAAUGCCGUGGUCCUGCAGCAACAUAUCCGUAUGCACAUGGGGGGCCAAAUCCCCAACACGCCCCUACCCGACGGCUUCCAGGAUGCCAUGGAUGCGGAGCUGCCCUUUGACGAGAAGAACGUGGAAAACCUGAGCAGCUAUGAUGAUGACAUAGACGAGAACUCCAUGGAGGAGGACACGGAGCUGAAGGACACAGCCAGCGACUCGUCUAAACCGCUCCUGUCCUACUCGGGGUCCUGCCCGCCCUCACCCCCCUCUGUCAUCUCCAGCAUUGCUGCUCUGGAGAAUCAGAUGAAAAUGAUUGACUCGGUCAUGAACUGUCAGCAGCUGACCAGCUUGAAGUCUGUGGAAAAUGGAUCUGGGGAAAGUGACCACCUGAGCAACGACUCAUCCUCUGCCGUGGGUGACCUAGAGAGCAGAAGUGCGGGCAGCCCUGCCCUGUCCGAGUCCUCGUCCUCCCAGGCGCUGUCACCUGCCAAUAGCAAUGGUGAGAGCUUCCGCUCCAAGUCCCCAGGCCUAGGUAACCAGGAGGAUCCACAAGAGAUCCCACUAAAGACUGAAAGGCCAGACAGCCCACCCCCCGGCCCAGGAAACGGAGGUGCCCUGGACCUGACUGCAGGCCACCCCGGCCGGCCGGUCAUCAAGGAGGAGGCCCCCUUCAGCCUGCUGUUCCUGAACAGAGAGCGGGGUAAGUGUACAAGCACUGUGUGUGGUGUCUGUGGCAAGCCCUUUGCUUGCAAGAGCGCGUUGGAAAUCCACCACCGCAGCCAUACCAAGGAACGGCCGUUUGUCUGCACGGUCUGCAGGCGGGGCUGUUCCACUAUGGGUAAUUUAAAACAACACUUACUGACGCACAAAUUGAGAGAGCUGCCUUCUCAGGUGUUUGACCCCAACUUUACUCUAGGUCCCAGCCACAGCACUCCUACCCUGGUGUCCAGCCCCGCAACAACCAUGAUCAAAAUGGAAGUGAACGGUCACAGCAAGGCUAUCGCACUGGGCGAAGGCCCACCCCUGCCGGCUGGGGUCCAGGUCCACACUGGGCCCCAGACAGUGAUGAGCUCGGGCCUGGCACCCAUGCUGGCACCCCCACCGCGCCGGACACCCAAGCAGCAUAACUGCCAGUCAUGCGGGAAAACCUUCUCCUCAGCCAGUGCCCUGCAGAUCCACGAGCGCACACACACCGGGGAGAAGCCCUUCGGCUGCACCAUCUGUGGCAGGGCCUUCACCACCAAGGGCAACCUCAAGGUACAUAUGGGGACACACAUGUGGAAUAAUGCACCUGCGAGGCGUGGCCGCCGCCUGUCUGUUGAAAACCCCAUGGCCCUGCUUGGCGGUGAUGCCCUCAAGUUCUCUGAAAUGUUCCAGAAGGACCUGGCGGCUCGGGCCAUGAAUGUUGACCCCAGCUUUUGGAACCAGUACGCCGCAGCCAUCACAAAUGGGCUGGCUAUGAAGAACAACGAGAUUUCUGUCAUCCAGAACGGAGGCAUCCCCCCGCUCCCAGUAAGUCUAGGGGGAGGUGCCAUUCCCCCUCUGGGUGCCGUGACUGCUGGGGUGGACAAAGCACGCACCAGCAGCAGCCCACCCAUUGUCACCUUGGACAAAGCAAGCUCAGAGACGGGAGCCAGCCGUCCGUUCACGCGGUUCAUUGAGGAUAACAAGGAGAUCGGCAUAAACUAG